GGUCAUUCAAAUGGAUAGUGUGCAACGGGUAUAGACAGUGUCAAAUAAUACAAAUCUCUACUCAACAUUUGUGGAAUUUAUAACUGUGAACGACUGACAUCCGGUGCGACCGGUCACAGCUCUCUCUCACUGAGCAGCGGCAGUCCCGGCAGCUACGCGUCAGCUUCGCACCACCGCUCUGCCGCUGCUCAGCUGCACCACGCGGCCGCAGCUGCCGCUAUCCAACACCAGCUGCCCCAAGCCGAUUUCCAGCCGCCCUAUUUCCCGCCGCCCUUCCACCCGCCGCCCAGUCCCUCUACAGGGGGUCCCGGUGGACCGCAACAGCACUUGGAGUACCUGCCCGACCCAUACGGGUCACUGUCCGGGUUGCAUCAUUACAAUCAGUUGGGACUAAGGGCAACCAGGGAUGGAGAUGGGAACCAUGCGCAUGUGAGCCAACUGAGUCACCAUGGUGGCUUCCCAUAUGCUGGCGGAGGGUCAGGAGGAGGACGAUCAGAAUAUGGGGGACGGCAACAGCACGACGAAGCUCUAUCAUUGCAUCAGGCGCUUGGACAGGCGGUGGAAGAUGCUCAGGCAGGCAUUGAUGAUUCGGGAGGGUUCAUGUCUGAUCUGCCAUUACUCAAAAGUAUAAAAGGCAAGGAUCAUCCAGGAGGUGCCAUGGUCUCUCCAGCUGAUGUUUUCUGUUCAGUUCCAGGCCGGUUAUCCCUCCUGUCAAGUACCUCAAAGUACAAAGUGACCGUUGGUGAAGUACAAAGAAGAUUAAGCCCUCCAGAGUGUCUCAAUGCCAGCUUACUUGGAGGUGUUCUUAGGAGAGCCAAAAGUAAAAAUGGCGGCAGGAUACUCCGGGAAAAACUGGAGAAAAUAGGACUCAAUCUACCAGCCGGGAGACGAAAAGCAGCAAAUGUAACCUUACUAACCUCAUUAGUAGAAGGAGAAGCAAUUCAUUUAGCUAGAGAUUUCGGAUACGUGUGUGAGACUGAAUUUCCUGCAAGACAGGUGGCAGAAUACCUCAUCAGACAGCACGGUGAAACUCCACGGAGAAAAGAACUCCUCCAAGCCACUAAACAAGUCACCAAGGAACUCAUGGAUCUCUUGAAUCAAGACCGAUCUCCGUUGUGUAACACUAGGCCACAAAUAUUGUUAGACCCCUCCAUUCAAAGGCAUUUAACGCACUUUUCGUUGAUAUCUCAUGGUUUCGGUAGUCCGGCAAUAGUUGCUGCAUUGACGGCCAUUCAGAAUUUCCUCAGCGAAAGUAUCAAACAUUUAGAGAAAGUGUUCCCUAAUCAGAAUAGUUCACAAGGUCAAAGCAUGUUAGUCACGUCUACUCUAGAUAAGGCGAAACUGGAAGACAAGAAGUGACAGAAUAUCAAUAAGAGCAAAAAACAUUUUUUUAAGAAUCUUGUGAUCUAAAAAGGAAUGUAAAUAUUUAUAUGAAAUCUUGCCAUUUAUUUGUUUAUGCUACUGCAAAGCCAAAGUGAUCUCAACUGAUACAAUUACUUAAUGUUAAAACAUAAACAACAGAAUCAGAUGAUUAACAAAAUAUGGAUUAUAACAUUAUUAUAUUUGACGAGGAGUCUAAGGGACCCUACAUUUUUUUGACCAGGUGUCAAUUAGCCCCUUUAGAGUGAAACUUGUUCGUCAAUUUUCUCCAGCAGCAUCAACUACUGACUUCAAAUUUUGGUUUGCGUUUGUUUGAACAUAGAAUUCAGGGUGUGAUAACCAGGUUUUUUAAAAACAGUUGAGUUACAGAGAUUCAGAAUCGCGUAAAUAUAACGUUUCGUCGAUAUCAGUUCUGAUCUCUAAACAUGUGUAUCACUUUAUUUAGCUAUACAAUUACGCUGAGGUAACUUUGGAAUAUACAGAAGUUUUGUGAAAAAACAGAAAAUGUGUGUGAGUCUGCCAUUUUGCAAAUUAAUUUAAGUUGCCAUAAAGACAUAUAUGUUCACUUUACUAAUAAUAACCAGCUUCAGAAUUAAAAUACCUUCGAUAAUUAUAUAACAGCUUAUUCACCAGAAACGAGGCUUAUUUAAGAUACAAGUAUCUUAAAUACUUUCGUAAAAUUCAUCUUGCAUUUAAAUUUUGUUUGGUAUUUCAGUAUUUCGUUAAUACUAUGUUAACUAAUAUACCUUUCGGUAAUAGUUAAAUCUAAAAAAAUAAUUAAAAGAACUUAUCCUGACUAAAAUACGAAAAAUUAUAUAUAUAUAUAUAUAUAACAACAAGUAGGAAAAUAAUGGGCAAAAUCCGCAAAAAGGAGGAAAGUGGAUUCGAGCAGAAAAUAGGAUAGGUAACCCGAGCGAUACGUAUUUCUGCUGGUUGGCUUCAUCAGGCCCGAAAUGAAUGCACAUAUGAAACUACAAAAGUAGAUACACAUGCCCACACAUCCGGAUACGGAUACACACAGAUUUUGACAGUAUGUCGUUUUUUACUUUCAUAAACCACUACCCUCCUUAGAGUACCAAAUAUCAAAAAUAGUCCUCCUCGAAACAAAAUAUUUUAAAAAUAUUCCUAAAACAACAACACAAUUGGAUUUGGAAAACACCUCUUUUUUUCUGUACUCUGGUUCCACACCUCACAAACCUAAGAAGGGGCAGAAAGAUGCAGAUGAAAUCUAUAUGCCCCUAAUCUAGAUAUUCUCUACUUUCAGACAACAUUUAUCUCAGCUGCAGCAAGCCGCAGCCAAAACUUUAUAACUCGAAAUGAAUUAAUUUUGUAGGGAAAAAAUCUAGCAAAAACAACUUUCAAUAAGAAAUUUAUAUAAAACUCCAAAACGCAUGUUUUUACAUAAAACAGGUAAAUACAUAUCUUAUUCUUGCACCUUCAUAUUAUCACUACGGGAAAACACUAGGCUUGAAAUUAUAAUCCACAAAAAAAAAGUAAGUUGCAAUGACUUAUUUUGACUCAAGAAGCUGUCACUUACGAUGGACAAAAGUAAAUGAUAGUUUGAACUAAUUGCAUUGUUAUUCAUAUUUUUUAAAAGCCUCGCACUUACUCAUUUGGACCAUUAUAAACUCAUGAGUUUUUGGGAUUUUGUCCUAUGGAGGAAUCACUGUGCAUUGGUAUUCCCCUAUUCCUCCUAACAUUUCCGCUGAAAGUCUACUCUUAAUACCGGUCGCUGACACUUUAUAUCCAACAUUCAGUAGAGCUACCCGCUAUCUAUAGUUUCCGCAUAUUUUUUUGUCCCCUUUUUUAAACAUUUUGCUUAUUAACGCCCCACUCAAUUCACAAGGCAUUAUUUCUGUUUCCCAAAUUUCCCCUAUCAAACUAUGCAUUACCUCAAUAACUUCACCUCCGAAUUUUCGCAUUUCGCCUGUGACUUCAUCUAUACCCGCACUUUUAUUUGAUUUUAAGCUUCCUAGAAUCUUUUUUAUGUCAUCUAGGUCUGGUUUAUCAUCCAACACCCUUUCCUGUUUCUCAAAAUCGUUUAUUCCGUGAUCGUCGUCUUCCCGAAAAUGUUCAUUCAGCAGUUCCUCCAAAUAGUAAUAAUUAAUUUAUCUUAAAAACAAAAAUCGGAAGCUUUAAACAAUGUUGGAGGGAUAUAAUAAAAGUCAAAUGAAGAAUUUUUUUACAUGUUCUUAGAGCACUCUGAUUUCUCUAUCGCAAAUGGCGAAUACAGUGAAAACACAGCGUCUACUGUCAGCACCGCUGACUUAGAAACACUGCAAUGCAAAAAAAAUGUUUAUAAAGUUCUUCUUCUUCCUCUUUUUUAGGGGUAUGAUAAUGAGGCCACAUCCAAAAAAAGGAGUGAUAAAAUGUUUGAAGAACUAGUUUUACUGUCUUAACAUAUUUAAUAUUUUUCACAUUUACGUGAUAAGAAAGUAUUUUGAAUCUGACGCCUCAAAUACUUACUUAUGUAUAUUGUAUAGGGUAUCUUGUACGUCAUUCUUAUUCUUAAAAUAUACUAGUUCGUUAAUUUGCUCUGAUUUUAAAUUACUUUGGAAUCUCAAAAGAAUUUUCAACACGUAGCGAUUCUGAGGCAUGGUUAUUAUAGUGAAACAAUUUGUGUGAAUGUGUGCCAGCGAUUCGAAUAAAAUAUUUCAAAUAUACGUAUUAAUAUUAUCAGUAUUUCACAAGACAACAUAAGGAAAUGUACAAAGGGUAAAACAACGUAGAUGUGCCAAAAACACGUGUAAGCAGUUUUGUAGGUACGGGUAUGAUAAAAGCAUAUAUGCCUUCAGCUGUAUAUACUGCUGUAUAUAUUUUGAUUGUUAUUUUACAUAUGUACUGGGUGAUUCAAACUACCUUUUAUAUUUUCCAACUCUUUUGUUUCCUGUCCCGGUACCUCUUGUGAAUCACUCUACAUGAGUAUUAUUUCUUGUUUAUUGUAUUGUAUUAAUUUAUGUAAAUAGAUAUUUAUAUAUUUUCGAAAACAGUGCCAAUAUAUAACUGUACAUAAUUAUAAAAAUGAAUUUUUGCAAAAUAUAC